AGGAGAACGGCCUGGAAAACCAGUCACACUGCAUGGAGCCCUCUGUGUUUGCCAGCAGCUGAGCCUGAUGGUAUCCUGUGACCUUGUACUGAUUUCCCUAAUGCUGUUUUAGUUAACGACUCGCUGCCUCUCCCUCACAUGGAAGACUGUAUUGACAGUGUUGGUUCAGCUGCAUUUAUCAUCAUCAGGCCAAUUCAGAGCCCCAGCAUGGAGCAGACAGACUGAGGCAGGCACAGAUCUUCAGGGCAGAUUGUCGGAGACCUCUCUUUUUAUGCUGACAGCCAGUCAUCAACACAUGACUAACGAAUCCUUGCCUUAACCUUGAGUGUUGGGUUCCUCAGGCCUCAGCUUUUGGCAGAGUCUCAAUUUUGAUUCACAGUCAUUGAUGGAAAUUCUUGAAGUGAUUUCCUCAUACUUGAAGCAGCCCUCUGUUUUCCUGCAGCACCUGGAUCCUCUUCACCUUGUUUCAAGGUCUCUUUGUGCAUCCAGUUGUAAGCGAGUUGACUGAUAGGAAGGAAACCCCAAAGUUCCUCUUCUCUGCAGUCAACUUUCUGAGCUCCUCCUGACUCCCAUAGCCUCGUUGAUCACAGCCCUGCAAAAGGAAAUCAUAAGUAGGCUGCAACUUUGAUUAGCUGUAAUUAACUUGCUUUAGAUGAAGUUCUCUGCUCUGCUUGGGGGAGUCUUGUCCUGAGAUUGCUUAAAGGUCACUCUCCCAUCUCAGUUCCUUCUUUGGACCAACCAUCUGCUUUCUGAUCAGCACUCUCCUUUCCUUGGUUCCUCCUUUGUCUGGGUUUGUACAUAUCAUGCUCAGGUCGGUCACCCUUGUUCUUUCAGUUCAUCUAUUUCCUGACAUUUCCUUUACCAUCUACUUGUGACACAUCACACCUCUACAAGUUGCAACCUCCAUGAAACUCUAAUCAACUUUGACUGCAGUUGCAUGCUAUUUCUGAUUGCAAAUAUUUUAAACAUGAUUGUUGCUCAUUAUAAAUAUAUUGAACAGAAUUAAACAGGGAUCCCUGAUCACUUUCUUCAGCAUAUUGUCAUGGUUUGGACCAGUCUGUCCAGUGGAGACUAAAGUGGACACAGUGGUUGCACAUCGUUUUCUCCCGUUACCACUUUGUGUAGCCCUGAAGUACCUUUUUGUGGACCAGUGAGUGUGAAGAGACUUUCAAUGCAGCUAAAUCUGUUGUCUGUGUUGCUGUAGUGCUGCUCCUGAUGUCAGUCGGCCUUCCAGAGUGGAUGUCUGUGAUGAAGGUGCUGGUGCAGUGCUAUUCCAAGAUGGCAAGGAUUUAGAUUAAAUAUUAGCAGAUGAACUAUUCCACCCUUGAAAAAGAAACUCUCAUACCUAUCAAGUUUUGGAUUUGAGAAUUUGGGAAAUGUCGCCGUCUGAUGCUACUGUUAUAAAAACAAUAGUUUCUCAGAGACUUGACAGAUGUGUAACCAUAACCACAGGCUGAUGCACGCUGAUGACAAAAAGCACGACUGCAGUUUCAACCAUCUGUAACUCUACACCGAAACUUGGCAAAACAAGCAGGCUUAGACACGCCAGGACAAUGGCCUCAAACCUUUUCCUGCAUAACUCCUCCUACGUUGGAUCCUGUAAACACAUCUCUGUUCCCUCCUCAUCAGAUCUAGAGGUUUAUUGCUGAGUGUAACACCUGCAAAGCCUCAUUCGCUGCAGAAACAAAUGGUGUGUAGAUCAGAGCUCAGAGCUGUUGCUGCUCUGCAGAAGAUAAACAAACACAGUCAUCGUCACUGAGAGCUGAAAUGGCAGGGAGUGAUCAACCAGACCAAGAUAAGUUGUUUUGUUUCAUCUGUUCCAAUCUACUGAAGGAUCCGGUGACUAUUCCCUGUGGACACAGCUACUGCACCAACUGUAUUAAAGACCACUGGGAUGGAGAAGAUCAGAGUGGAACUCACACCUGCCCCGAGUGCAGAGAUAUGUUUGGACAGAGACCUGGGUUGAGGAAAAACACCAUGAUAGAAGAGUUGAUUACAUAUCUGAAGAAGAUGGGAGCUGCUCCAGCUGACCACUGUUAUGCUGGACCUGAAGAUGUGUCCUGCGAUGUCUGCACCAGAAGGAAGAUAAAAGCUGUCAAGUCCUGUUUAACCUGUUUAGCUUCUUAUUGUGAGGAACAUCUCCAACCUCACCAUGAUGCUCCACCAUUAAAAAAGCACAAGCUGGUGAAUCCCUCCAAGAAUCUGCAGGAGAGCAAAUGCUCUCGUCAUGAUAGGGUGUUGGAAAUUUUCUGUCGUCCUGAUCAGAAGUGUAUCUGUUAUCUCUGCACUAUGGAUGAACAUAAAAACCAUGAAACAGUCCCAGCUGCAGCAGAAAGAGCUGAGAAGCAGAAGAAGCUCCAGGAGAGUCGACAACAAAUCCAUCAGAGAAUCCAGGACCAAGAGAAAGAUGUGAAGCUGCUUCAACAGGAGGUGGAGGCCAUCAAUGUCUCUGCUGAUAAAGCAGUGGAGGACAGUGAGAAGAUCUUCACUGAGCUGAUCCGUCUCCUCCAGGAAAGAAGCUCUGAUGUGAAGCAGCAGAUCAGAUCCCAGCAGGAAACUGAAGUGAGUCGAGUCAAAGAUGUUCAGGAGAAGCUGGAGCAGGAGAUCACUGAGCUGAAGAGGAAAGACGCUGAGCUGGAGCAGCUCUCACACACAGAGGAUCACAACCAGUUUCUCCUCAACUACCCCUCACUGCCAGCACUCAGUGAGUCUAAAGGCUCAUCCAGCAUCAAGAUCCGUCCUCUGAGACACUUUGAGGACGUGACAGCAGCUGUGUCAGAGCUUAGAGACAAACUACAGGAUGUUCUGAAAGAAACAUGGACAAACAUCGAACAGGCAAUUAGUGAAGUUGAUGUUCUACUGUCAGAACCAGAACCAAAGACCAGAGACGGAUUCUUAAAAUAUUCACAGGAAAUCACUCUGGAUCCAAACACAGCUCACAAGAAGCUGUUACUAUCUGAGGGAAACAGAAAAGUAACAUCAACUGACCAACAGCAGUCUUAUCCUGAUCACCCAGACAGAUUCAGUGUUUAUAAUCAGGUCCUGAGCAGAGAGAGUCUGACUGAACGUUGUUACUGGGAGGUGGCGAUGAGAGGAGGAGCUGGAGUUGGAGUAGCAGUUUCAUACCAGAACAUAAACAAGGCAGAACCGUUUGGAUUCAAUGACAAAUCUUGGUCAUUAAAUUGUACCACAGACGGUUACACAUUUCAUCACAACAGAGUUAAAACUGCAGUAUCAGGUCCAGUUUCCUCCAGAGUGGGAGUGUAUCUGGACCACAGAGCAGGUAUUCUGUCUUUCUACAGCAUCUUUGGUACCAUGACUCUGAUCCACAGAGUCCAGACCAGAUUCUCUCAGCCUCUGUAUGCUGGGAUUCGGCCGCUCUUUAGUAAGGACUCUGUGGAGUUCAUUAAACUGAAAUAGUCAGCAGUGAUCUGAGGUCCAGUUGGUUAAAAUCUGUAUUUUAGUUUCGGUUGUUUUAACCUCCAUCUUUGCUGCUGAGAGAUAUUUGUUGUAAUUUCUUCACUGCUCACAAUCAGCUGUAUUUAUGAAACUACUUUAUCAUCUUGUUUGUUUUGUUGAUGUUGGAGUUUGUGUGGGUGCUGCCCCUUCCUGUUUCUGUUCAGCCAUAGAAACUAUCACUGCUCAGGAGGAUUUUUAUUCACCCAAUCUGAUUUCCUUUAGAUUUAUUGCUUUGUCAGAUCAAAAGUUGUUGUUUGUUCAGAUAAAUGUACAGAUGAGAAGAUCAGAUUAUAAAUCUAUAUAAAUUAAUAAAGUCGUCAUGUGAUUCAGUCGUAUUUGUUCUUAGACAAUGAUCUUAUAUUGUAGUUUUGUUUCUUUCUAUUUUAUUAUCAUAUCCCAGUACUAGAAGUUAUUUUAAUGAAACAUUUCCUCAUAUCAGAGUUUAACACAGAAACAAUUGUAGCUGCUUUAGGUUUGUUUUUUAUUUCCUGAACUUCCUGCAGUCCUAGAAAGACAAAACAAACACUGAGAGACUUUUUUUUAAAACUUUUUUUAGAUUUUUAAUUGGCAUUAUGUUAAACCAACUGAAAUGUUGAGUUUACUCAACUGAAUUUAUAUGUAUUUACUGAAACGAUUAUGUUGAAAGUAAACCUGUAAUACUCUUGAUUUAUUUAACUAGGAUUAGUAGAAAUAAGUUGGUUAAGUAAAUUAAAUUUAGAGUCUAAAUGUGGAAUUAAAACAUCCCAAUAAGUAACAUUCCUCUCAGGUUUAGGAUUUAUAAAUAAGGGAAGUUAUUUUUUAAAUCUGUUCCAGAAGAAACUUUUUAAAGUCUGAUAAGUUUUUCUCUGUUGACACUGAAACCCUGUUUACUUUUCCAUGCAUGUAAUUCCUAUAAAUUAAAACACAAAAGGAAAUUUAAGCAAAAAAAGAGAAAUGUUUUUACAUAUUUACUGACCUUGUCUAUAUGAUAUAAUCUAUUUGAGUGUAAUUACAGACAGAAUUACUGCUAAACGCAAAUAUAAUAGCACAUCUUGCAAGUCAAUGCUCUGCUCUCCUAUGCAUUGCUACUGCAGCCCCAAUAACUUAAUUGCAUCAUUAGUUUUGUAAAUUGUAUCUGAAUAUUUGAUUUAUUUCUACCCAAAGAUUAAAUGCUUUGAAUUAUGUUUGUGUUUGUAUUAAAUAUGUUUUUUUAGGGAAUUUUAUGUCAAAUGUUUCUGUUCUUCAUGUCACAUCAGGUGAUUUGAGUAAAACCAUUUGAAUUAUUUUGGCCAGCGCUCAGCGUGCCCUGAGGAGAUGAAAUAUGAGGAAAGGUAAAGUAGGUCAGUCUGCUUGCUGCAAAAACAAACAGUACGAAUUUAUAAACAUACCUGAAGACAGACUGAAGACGAUUCAAGUGUUAUUGCAGCUGGUGAGGUUUACUCUCACAUUUAUAAUGUUACUAAACUUUUAUGUUUUUAAGACACAAAGAAAACUAAAAGUUUUCCAUAAUCAACGCUUCCAGAAACAUAAAUAAGACUUUUCCACCUUGCAUGAGUCAGUUGUUUGUUCUGAGUGAAGUGAAAGUAUUUGCA